CGGCGUUGUUCCACGCGUGACGCCAAGAUGGUGGACGAAAAGGAGGACGUGGAGGAUCUUAGGCAAUGUGACGACACGACGGAGGAGUACUUCCGGGAGAAGCUGCGUAUGUUGCCACAUGUCUUUCGGGAGAUUGCUGAAGCUUUGUCGCCUCAUCUACAGAGGCGUGUGACCUUUUACAGGGAGCCACUGCAGCCUGAUCACAUCGUCGCUUAUGCGUUGUACAUGUGGGCAUCGGGGGAGACGUACGAAAGUAACACAUGCAACUUCAGGAUUGGGAGAGCUUUUGGGCUGGUGGCGGUUCGGGACGUGAUGGCUGCGCUGCUGGCGGUGUAUCGGGAGAAGAUAUCAUGGCCGACCGGGGUGUGCAAGUUGGCAAUCCUACGAGCAUUUGCUGACAAAGGAUUCCCGAACUGCCAUGGGUGCAUCGACUGUGCUCACGUCUACAUCGACAAGCCGGCAAACGCCCCCAGCGAUCGUAAACGGCGUUUCUCGGUUGUCGCACAGAUGGUCGCUGAUCUCAAUCUGCGUGUGCUGGGCGUUCAUGUCUGCUACCCUGGAAGUUGCCAUGACGUCCAGGUCAUCCAACUCUCAAGUCUGUGGGCGCGUGCAGAGGCUGGCGAUCUUUUCUCAGGCCCGCCAGUGAUGCUCCCCUUCCAAGUGCAGACGAACAGGUACUUGCUGGGCGACAACGGCUAUCCUCUGUCAGAAUGGAUAGUUGUGCCGGACCCGCCGGGAUGGCGGUCCGUUAGGAUGGAGACGAAGAAGGAGGCAGAGAUGGAGCUGGAGGGGACAGCGCAGCUCCGACGCAGACUCCACACGCAAGUACUCCAAGAUCUGCGAAAGUGAAGAAUGCCGAAAAACAGACUGCAGCUGGGGUAUACCCCCAGCGGACUGAC